UAAGCUUCUGCCGUCAAGUAUGUUUAGUUUAUUUAGUCAAAAUUUCGGAAUGAGAAAUGGUUGUGGGCGCAUUCCCAAUAGCAAAACUCGGCCUCUUGUGCGUGAAGCACAUCAGUAAGCCGGUUAGCAAUGUAAUUAAGCGCUAUGCUAACAAGAAUAAUGUAUUUAGAAUCUAUGUAGUUGCACCGCCAGCCACUUUGUACAACACGAUCGACGUUCGCUCCAAGAUGUGGAUGCUGGGCUUAGGACAGCCGAAGCGGGUUCCGCCCCUGACCCGUGCCAUGUCCAUUAAAAUGGGUGGCGAUAUUCUGGGCGAGCUUUUCAUAUUUCUGAUCGGUGUUUCCUUCAUACUGAACGAGUUUGCAAGGCAAGCGCGAAACGGCGAAAAGAAACAUGAAAGGCACAAGCAGAAAAGGGAGGAGCUAAAUAACCGAAUCGUUCAACUGAAUGAGCGCAUUGCGCGCCAAGACAGGGAAAUUGUUCAUCUCAAAGCGAAAAUCAAACAAAUAGGAUCUGAUCGAUAG